CUGCUCAGAGUGGCGACAACACGACUGCCUGCAUCAGCCUGCCCCCCUUCCAGCCAGUAGAGGCUGCCGUAUCCUGCAGAGAGCCAAAUGUGUGUGUGUGUGUGUAAUAGUAUGAGCGUACGCAGAUGGGUGAGCUAGUGAUUCAGGAAGGGCUGCCUCUCAUCUCUCCUCUCGCAUCACCAUCUUUCCCUCCUCUCCUCCUCCUCCUCUGGCAUGGAGCUCCAGCGGGCUGAAUCCAGACGACAUCUGCGCAAAGGGCUGAGAGCUGGACUGACUGACGUGCGCGUUUCUCCUCCACCCCUGGCUGUCAGCUCGCAGCGUUGGGCAUCCUCGUCCGGAGCGCGGUAGAUGUAUUUGAGUGUGUGGCGCUCCGGCCAGGAUGGACAGCGCGUGUCUGAGGACGUGGACGUCAGGCUCUGCUGUUGUGUUCUUCAACACACUGGCCUUGUCCUGGGCAGGUGCUAUCGAGCCCGCUCCUAAAAUCGACGGGCGGCAGCAGGCGGCUGUGACUCUUCAGGAGAACAUGACACACAGGUUCAACUGCCAAUCAGACGGCUGGGACCCCCGCGCCCCGCCGCUGCUGACCUGGUACCUGAACGGGGAGCAGCAGAGGGAGCCGUCGCCGAACCGCGGCCGCCUGGUGAUGACGUCAAAAAGAGACUCUGAGGUCUUAAGACCGGGGACCAAUCAAAACAGCACCUUCUCUCUGCGGGCCAGAAAGUGGGACAGGGAACUGGUGUGCGUCGCAUCAAACCCCAGGACGGGGGAAAGUUACAAUGCAACAGUCACGCUCAAUGUCCAGUUCCAGCCAGAGAUCCUCAGGGUCAACGCCCACUACAGUGAAACCUCAGACCCCGGCCUCUCCCUGGUCCUGUUCGCCCUGGUACGCUCUAACCCUCCUGCCACCAUCACCUUCGUGGACCAGUCGGGCCAGCUGGUGGCCAAUACCUCUGACUUCCUCAUCCUGGACUCGCGGAGCUACCCGUGGCUGACCAAUCACACCCUGAGGGUCACGCUGAGCAGUCUAUCGGGGAACUUAACAGUGAAUGCCAGCAACAGCGUGGGGAUUUCUCAGAGCAACCUCACACUGGCAGAGUUCCUGCAGUCUCGUGUGGAGGUUCCCAUGCUGGGGAUAGUAACCGGAGGAGCCAUGGCCUUCAUGGCCCUCCUCAUCCUCAGUCUAAUAGUUCUCUGCCUUAUGCAAAAAAACAAGAGCAAGAUCAUUGAUGAGCCAGUGGAGAUUCUGAUGACCAAGAAAAGUGAAUCAGCGACCCUGAAGACAGACAGAGCAGACAAGACCAACAUCCCCAGAGAGAACAUGUCUCUGCCUUCCAACAUGCAGCUCAACGACCUCAGCACUCUGAGGAAAGCUCGAGAAGCUGCCCAGCAGAACAGCGUGGGAGAGGAGAAGAAAGAGGAAGAGGAGGAGGAAGAUCUGUCUUUAGCCUACGCAGCAAGAGGUUUUGCCAGGUAUCCCAUGGUGGGCUACAUCUAUAAGGUGAACAGCACAAGCAGCGAGGAAAUCUGGCUCUGACGGACAGUGGUUCCAGCCACUGUGCAUGUACAGCUACGUCUAACACCGCAGCCGUCCGAGAGGACACCUGGAGGCAUCUCCCGUCCGGCCAGUCGACCAACAACCCGUCACCGUCGAGCCGGGAAGCAAAGCUCAGAGAGCAUCUCGUUUUUUCGGAUUCUGUUCUGCGACGAACGCACCCAGACGUCCCCCACCCCGUGAAUGUUUGUCAGUCAGUGAAGCGGGCGCUGUCCUGCUGACCUGUUGUCUCGUGGAGGCAGAGUCGUUCAUAUGAUUUCCUGUAACCUCUUGCUCAUGAUGUUGUCUCUUUUGUUUGCGUUGAUGGAAUGCAUUUAAUGCUCUCCGCUAGAACCCCAAGAAUGUUUAUCGGGACAAGUAUAAUCUGAAUCUGCGUCGGUCCAGAGUCCCGUCCUGUAUAUUUGUAUGCAUAUGUGUAUAAAAGAUGGAGGCGUCUAAUAAAGAUAUUAUUCUGAUUGUA